AAUCUUCCCCAGGUGUGACAGAAGUGAGCAUAAUAGAAAAGCUGCCUGCUGAACGUCAUAUGAUUUCUUCAUGGGAACAAAAAAACAAUUGUGUGAUGCCUGAAGAUGUGAGAAACUUCUAUUUGAUGACCAAUGGUUUUCAUAUGACAUGGAGUGUGAAGCUAGAUGAGCACAUCAUUCCACUGGGAAGCAUGGUGAUUAACGGCAUUUCAAAACUGACUCAGCUCAUCCAGUCUUCUCUGUAUGCACUUCCUACUGCACCAACUCUGGCGGACCUAGAGGAUGAUGACGAAGCCAAUGAAGACCAACCAGAGAAGCCUCACUUUGAUUGUCGAAGUGUGAUAUUUGAGCUGGAUUCGUGCAAUGGUAAUGGGAAGGUUUGCCUCGUCUACAAACAUGGGAAACCUGGAUUAGCUCAUGACACUGAGAUCUGGUUCCUGGACAGAGCAUUAUAUUGGCAUUUUCUCACAGAUACCUUUACUGCCUAUUACCGCCUGCUCAUCACCCACCUGGGCCUGCCCCAGUGGCAAUAUGCCUUCACCAGCUAUGGCAUUAGCCCACAGGCCAAGCAAUGGUUCAGUAUGUACAAACCCAUCACCUACAACACAGGUCUGCUCACAGAAGAGGCUGACUCCUUUGUGAACAAGCUGGACCCCAGCAAAGUGUUCAAGAGCAAGAACAAGAUCUUAAUCCCAAAAAAGCAAGGGCCUGUGCAGCCUGCCAGUGGCCCAAAAGGACCUGGGCCUGUAGCUCCUCCUACCCCUAAACCUUCCUCUAGCUCUGGAAACCCAACCCGAAAAUAAGCAUCCCAUCAGCCUCAGAGCAGUGAUAUCAACGCAAAGAUGCCCUGGGGUGGCCCCAUCCUGAGACGCUUUGUGACUGUAGGCAUUCUCCUGAGGACCAAAGCCUUAGGCUGGGAGUUGGGAAGACCAUACUGAAUUAUCCCCAGGGGUCCUUUCCCCCCAUAGGUUGUGCCAACUCCAUCUCCAAAACCAGCUAAGACUUUCAGAUGUGUCUAGAGAUUUUUUGUUUUGUUUUGUUUUUUUAUGUCUAUACCCAAUCCUUAAUGUCUUAGUAAUAAUUAGAGAGGUCCUCCCCCUAUAAACCCAUGGCUCAAUUCAUGAAACAUCAGUAACAUGUGACCACCACAGAUAUGAAAAUUUUACACCCUCAGUUGUAUUAGCCACAUUCCGAGUAUGCACAUGAUAGUGGAUUCCAUAUUGGAUAACACCGAGAUGGGAAGCAUUUUUGUCAUAGACAAAAAUGUUUUUGGACAGCAUUGCAUGCGAACAUUUUCAUACUGUUAAUUGAGGUAAUGUUGAUGCCUUAGCUUUAUAGGCUGUAUGUUUUGAGAACACAUUUCAGAGACACAGUCUUGUGUUCUUUACAACCUAUACCGCAAACACAUCUCACUUGAGUCAUUUUUUUUAAUUCACUAUAAAAUCCCAUGUUCCUAAUCAUUUACCUAUAAGGAUGUUUGUUUACCCAUCUAGCUUUGUUUUGAUGUGUCUACAUUUGCCAAAACCAUCUUUUUAAAAAAAUUGACCCCUGCUGUGUUUUAUCUGUUAAAGCCCUGGGCAUUCAUUUGUAGAUAAAGCAAGUCUGUUCACAAGAAUUUCCAGCUGUUCUGCUUAUUCAGAGUUGAGCUGUCUCUCCCAACUACCUCUGUUCUAAGCAAUGGCCUGUCUAGAACAGUGUGGGUGGCCAAGAGGCCUUUGUAAGUGUCCUGUAAGUCAGGAAACAUAGUAGUAUUAGACACUGAGCAACCCCACGGGUUUAUCUUGUGUUAAAUAUUAGGCAUAUAACAGAAUUUCUGUAAAGAAAUUACUCUGAUUUUCAGUUAAGAAUAUCUUAUUCCUUCCUCUGCAUUCCUGGAAGUGGGCAGGAGUUACCCAUCUAGCUCCAGUGUUCUUGAUGGCUGCAAUUUUUGUACUGAUAUUCCAGAGUAGAAGAAUAAAGAGUUCUGAGAAGGGGAGACUGUACACUCCCUUUACCAUUGGGUAACUUAUUCUAUUUACCAGUGGUUCUCCAGACUUCUUUUUGUGCUCCCUCUACCCACUAAUCAUUCUAGGGUUCCUCUUUUCUAUUAUGUGAUGGAGGCUACAAGUCCCUAUCAUUAUCUACCUGUACUUCUCUGACUUCACUUUAAAUAUUUAGGGAAAUUUAACCUGUUUGGGGGGCUAGAAAGUUAAGGGCAUCUACUGCUCAUGCAUAGAACCCAAAUUCACUUUCUAGCACUCACAUGAAGCAGCUCACAGCCACCUGUAACUCCAACUACAAGGGGCCCAAAGCGCUCUCUGGCCUCCACAGGCACCUGUGCACACACAAAGAAUAAAAAUACUUGAAAAAC